AUGAAUUUUGAAGACAUGAAAAUCUUUGGAGCAGCUGCUCCAUACCUUCGCAAAUCUGAGAAGGAGCAAAUUGAGGCACAGAACAGGCCUUUCGAUGCCAAAACUGCUUGUUAUGUGAUUGACUCCAAGUCGGUGUUUGCAAAAGGGAAAAUUAGGAGCCAAGAUAGCACCAAGGUUGAAGUGGAAAGAGCAGAUGGGAAGACAAUUUCUGUGAAACCCAAUGAUAUCUUCCCAAGGAACCCCCCAAAAUUUGACAAAAUUGAGGACAUGGCCAUGAUGACCCACCUGAAUGAAGCAUGUGUGCUGUAUAAUCUCAAAGAGCGUUAUGCAGCCUGGAUGAUCUAUACAUACUCCGGGUUGUUCUGCAUCACUGUGAACCCCUACAAGUGGUUACCAGUGUACAACCCUGAAGUCGUGACUGGCUAUAAAGGGAAGAAACGGCAGGAGGCUCCUCCCCACAUCUUCUCGGUCUCUGACAAUGCUUAUCAGGCUAUGUUAACAGAUCGUGAAAGCCAGUCUAUCCUGAUCACUGGAGAAUCUGGUGCAGGAAAGACUGUGAACACUAAACGUGUCAUCCAGUACUUUGCAAUAAUUGCAGCUAUUGGUGAUGUGUGCAAGAAGAAGGAUGAAAUGUCAAAGGCGAAGGGAACCCUAGAGGAUCAAAUCAUCCAGGCUAACCCAUUGUUGGAAGCUUUUGGUAAUGCUAAGACAAUAAGGAAUGACAACUCGUCUCGUUUUGGCAAGUUUAUCAGAAUACACUUUGGAACCACGGCAAAAUUGGCUUCAGCAGACAUUGAAACAUACUUGUUGGAAAAAUCCAGAGUGACAUUCCAACAGCCAUGCGAAAGAAGCUAUCACAUUUUCUACCAGAUUACAUCCAACAGAAGACCAGAACUUAUUGAAAUGCUUCUUAUCACCACCAAUCCCUUUGACUAUCCUUAUAUCAGUCAGGGUGAGGUUACAGUUCCGAGUAUUGAUGAUAAAGAAGAAUUGGCAGCUACUGAUCAAGCUAUUGAUAUCUUGGGUUUUACCAAUGACGAGAAAAACAGCAUCUACAAGAUAACUGGUGCAACAAUGCACCAUGGAAACAUGAAGUUCAAGCAGAAGCAGAGGGAAGAACAAGCUGAGCCAGAUGGCACAGAAGUUGCUGACAAAGUUGCUUACCUUCUGGGCCUAAACGCAGCUGACCUGCUCAAAGCACUGUGCUUUCCAAGAGUAAAGGUCGGCAAUGAGUUUGUUACCAAAGGCCAGACCGUACAACAGGUAUACUUUGCAGUGGGUGCUCUGACAAAGUCAGUAUAUGAGAAGUUGUUCCUGUGGAUGGUGCAACGAAUUAAUCAGCAAUUGGACACAAAGCUACCCAGACAACAUUUCAUUGGUGUUUUGGAUAUUGCAGGCUUUGAAAUUUUUGAGUUCAACAGCCUGGAACAACUUUGUAUCAACUUCACUAAUGAAAAACUGCAACAGUUUUUUAACCACCACAUGUUCGUCUUAGAACAAGAGGAAUAUACAAAGGAAGGAAUUGAAUGGAAAUUCAUUGACUUUGGUAUGGACCUGGCAGCUUGCAUUGAACUCAUUGAAAAGCCCAUGGGCAUCUUCUCAAUCCUUGAGGAGGAAUGUAUGUUCCCCAAGGCUACAGAUAUGACAUUCAAGAACAAAUUGUAUGAUCAGCAUCUUGGAAAAUCAGUAAAUUUCCAGAAGCCCAGGGUUACUAAAGGCAAAAGUGAGGGUCACUUCUCCUUGAUCCAUUAUGCGGGCACCGUGGACUACAAUAUUACUUCAUGGCUCGACAAGAAUAAGGACCCUUUGAAUGAAACUGUAAUUGGACUAUACCAGAAAUCAUCACUUAAGGUUCUUGCACACCUGUAUAGUUCUCACAUGUCAUCUGCAGGAGGAAAGGGUACAGUAAAGAAAGGUAUAAAGAAGAAGGGUUCUUCCUUCCAAACAGUGUCUGCGCUCUUUAGGGAAAAUCUGAACAAGCUGAUGUCCACCUUGAGAAGCACUCGCCCCCACUUUGUGCGUUGCAUUAUUCCAAAUGAAACAAAAACUCCAGGUGCAAUGAACAAUUCACUAGUUAUGCACCAGCUAAGGUGUAAUGGUGUGCUUGAGGGUAUCAGAAUCUGUAGAAAAGGAUACCCAAGCAGAAUCCUCUACGCAGAUUUCAAACAAAGAUACAGAGUACUCAAUGCAAGUGCUAUCCCAGAAGGUCACUUUAUUGACAGCAAGAAGGCUUCAGAGAAACUCCUAUCCUCCAUUAAUAUUGAUCAUACCCAAUAUAAAUUUGGACACACUAAGGUGUUCUUCAAAGCUGGCAUCCUGGGUGCUCUUGAAGAGAUGAGAGACGAAAGGCUGGCUGCGCUUAUUACCCGCACUCAAGCCAUAUGUCGUGGUUUCUUAAUGCGAGUAGAAUUUCAGAGGAUGAUGCAAAGAAGGGAGAGUAUCUUCAGUAUCCAGUACAACAUCCGUUCAUUCAUGAAUGUCAAACAUUGGUCAUGGAUGAAACUGUUUUUCAAGAUCAAACCUCUUCUGAGGAGUGCGCAAGCUGAAAAGGAUAUGCAAAACAUGAAAGAGGAGUUUGGGAAGCUGAAAGAAGCAUAUGCCAAAUCUGAAGCAAGAAAGAAAGAACUGGAAGAGAACAUGGUUAGCCUUUUGCAGGAAAAGAAUGACCUACAAAUGCAAGUGCAAGCGGAAAUUGAAAGUUUAGCAGAUGCUGAGGAAAGGUGUGACCAACUGAUAAAAAACAAAAUUCAGAUUGAGGCUAAAGUUAAAGAGAUGAACGAGCGUCUAGAGGAUGAAGAGGAUGCGAAUGCUGAACUUACAGCCAAGAAGAGGAAGCUUGAAGAUGAAUGCACAGAGUUGAAAAGAGACAUUGAUGACUUGCAGCUCACGUUAGCCAAAGUGGAAAAAGAUUUGCACACCACUGAAAACAAGGUUAAGAACCUCACAGAGGAAAUGGCUACCCUUGAUGAAUCGAAUGUUAAGCUGACAAAGGAGAAGAAAGCCUUGCAAGAGGUCCACCAGCAGAUCUUAGAUGAUCUCCAAGCUGAGGAAGAUAAAGUCAACAAUCUGACCAAAACAAAGGCAAAACUGGAGCUGCAAGUUGACGAUCUUGAAGCGUCUCUGGAACAGGAGAAAAAACUUCGCUUGGACGUUGAGCGGAUCAAGAGGAAACUGGAAGGUGAUCUGAAACUUUCUCAGGAUUCUCUCAUGGACUUAGAAAAUGACAAACAACAAAUGGAAGAAAGAUUUAAAAAGAAGGAAUUUGAAAUCAGCCAGCUUCAAAGCAGAAUCGAAGAUGAACAGAACCUAAGUAUGCAGUUUCAAAAAAAAAUAAAAGAACUUCAGGCCCGAAUCGAAGACCUUGAGGAGGAGAUUGAGGCUGAACGCACGGCUCGAGCGAAGGUGGAAAAGCAGAGUUCCGACUAUGCCCGUGAACUGGAAGAAAUCAGUGACAGACUCGAAGAAGCUGGUGGUGCGUCAGCAGUGCAGAUUGAGAUGAACAAGAAACGUGAACUGGAAUUUCAGAAGAUGCGUCACGAUCUGGAAGAAUCCACCCUACAGCAUGAAGCCACGGCUGCUGCUCUUCGUAAGAAACAGGCUGAUAGUGUCGCAGAACUUGGGGAACAAAUUGACAACCUGCAACGUGUGAAACAGAAGCUUGAGAAGGAAAAGAGUGAGCUGAAGAUGGAAGUUGAUGACCUUGCUAGCAAUGUGGAAUCUGUGUCUAAGUCAAAAGUCAACCUUGAAAAAACAUGUCGCACCCAGGAAGAUCAGUUAAGUGAACUGAAGGCAAGGAAUAAUGAGCAUGCACGUUGCAUUAAUGACAUGACUGCUCAAGCAUCCCGGUUACAUGCAGAAAACGGUGAAAUUUCCAGACAACUGGAAGAAAAGGAGAAUAUGGUAUCCCAACUCACCAGGAGUAAGCAGGGAUUUAUGCAUCAAAUAGAAGAACUAAAGAGGCAACUUGAAGAAGAAACUAAGGCUAAGGGCGCCUUGGCACAUGCUCUGCAAUCCGCCCACCAUGACUGUGAUUUGCUCCGUGAGCAAUAUGAAGAGGAACAGGAGGCAAAGGCUGAGCUCCAACGUGGCAUGUCCAAGGCCAACAGCGAAGUCGCUCAGUGGAGAACAAAAUACGAAACGGAUGCAAUCCAGCGCACGGAGGAACUGGAGGAGGCCAAGAAGAAACUAGCUCAAAGACUGCAGGAUGCAGAGGAGCACGUUGAGGCAGUCAAUGCCAAAUGUGCUUCACUGGAAAAGACAAAACUGCGCUUGCAAGGAGAGGUGGAAGAUCUCAUGAUCGACGUGGCGAGAGCAAAUGCUGCUGCAGCGGCUCUUGAUAAGAAACAGAGAGCCUUUGACAAGAUUCUGGCAGAAUGGAAACAAAAAUAUGAGGAAUGCCAGGCUGCGCUGGAGGGAUCACAGAAAGAAUCUCGGUCUCUUAGUACCGAGCUGUUCAAGAUGAAGAAUGCUUAUGAAGAGUCUUUGGAUCAUCUUGAAACCCUUAAGAGGGAGAACAAAAAUCUGCAACAGGAAAUUUCCGAUCUCACUGAACAAAUUGGUGCAUGUGGAAAGACAAUUCAUGAGCUGGAUAAAGCAAAAAAGCAAGCUGAACAAGAAAAGUCUGAACUUCAAUGUGCAUUAGAGGAAGCAGAGACAUCACUUGAACAUUCAGAGGAAAAGUUGCUUCGAAUUCAGCUUGAAUUGAAUCAAAUCAAGUCAGAAAUUGACAGGAAGAUUGCUGAGAAAGAUGAAGAAAUUGAACAACUGAAGAGAAAUCACCAAAGAACCAUUGAGACACUUCAGAAUACCCUGGAUGCUGAAAUCAGAAGCAGGAAUGAUGCCUUGAGGCUCAAAAAGAAAAUGGAAGGGGACCUCAACGAAAUGGAGAUUCAGUUGGGGCAAGCAAACCGCCAGGCUGCAGAAAUGCAGAAAAAUCUCAGGAACAUUCAAGGAGUACUCAAGGAAACGCAGCUGCAUCUGGAUGAAGCUUUGCGAAUUCAAGCGGACCUGAAGGAGCAGCUAAGCUUGGCAGAACGGAAAAACAACCUUCUACAAGCUGAACUUGGCGAGGUUACAGAAGCUCUAGAGCAGACAGACAGAGCUCGCAAAGUUGCUGAACAAGAAAUCUUUGAUAUCAAUGAACGUGUUCAGCUACUUCAUUCUCAGAACAUUAGUCUUAUCAACACCAAGAGAAAGCUUGAGACUGAUGUUUCCCAGCUUCAAACUGAGGUAGAAGAUGCCAUUCAGGAGUCAAGAAAUGCUGAAGAGAAAGCCAAGAAGGCAAUUACUGAUGCUGCAAUGAUGGCUGAAGAGUUGAAGAAGGAACAAGAUACAAGUGCUCACCUCGAGAGAAUGAAGAAGAACCUAGAUCAGACAGUCAAGGAUCUGCAAUUCCAUCUGGACGAGGCUGAGCAGUUAGCACUGAAAGGUGGAAAGAAACAAAUACAAAAACUAGAGACUAGGAUACGCGAAUUAGAGAAUGAACUUGAUGCUGAACAGAAGCGUGCAGCAGAGGCGAUUAAAGGUUCACGGAAGUAUGAAAGGAGAGUCAAAGAGAUGACAUUCCAGUCUGUGGAAGACCAUAAAAAUGUUGUUAGACUGCAGGAUUUGGUGGACAAAUUGCAAUUAAAAGUCAAAUCGUACAAGAGAAAUGUUGAAGAUGCUGAGGAGCAGGCCAAUGUUCACAUUACUAAAUUCAGAAGGACACAGCACGAGCUGGAGGAAGCUGAGGAACGUGCAGAUAUUGCUGAGACGCAGGUCAACAAACUGAGAGCUAAAAGCCGUGUUAUUACCAGCAAGAAAACACUGUACACAACAGAAUGAAUACCAACUUGCAGCUCAGCACCGUGAAGAAGAAAUGCACACAAUGUGAAUUUCUUAGCCUGUCUUGCUG